UGUCAAAUCAGUUGGUUGACGGCAAUUUGUUACGUUAGUUGUUAGUGCGUAGACUUGACAGUUAUGGAAAAUAUUAAUUUGCACUUUGGGAGAUUUCUUUUACUGUACACAAUUUUAACUAGCCCCACCAUGGCUGUGAGCUACCGGGCAGCAGAGGGCAAAGCGCAGCCCAUCGCAGCAGAUGCUGCUGCCGCCAGAGCGUCGUCAGAUGCGGUGAAAGUGGUGUCCGGUACUAAGGUUAAGCGUUUCGAACGCAUGACUGUUCCUUUGGGCAGUCAAUUCAUUCAACAUCCAAUAUAUUUGGGCUACAAUUAUAUUGUGCCGCAAUGGCAGGCAUUUGCGAAAAUCGUUGGAGGAGGCGAGAGUACCGUUGACGGCGCAGUUACAUUCCAACCGUUUCCCUACACCAACGACAUUCGGGUAACGAUCAAUGUAACGGGACUACCGCCAGGAAAGCAUGCAAUUCACAUACACACUUAUGGCGAUGUAUCCGAGGGUUGCAAAUCCACUGGAGGGCAAUUUCCUAAUAAUUUCAUAGGCAAUAUCGACACCAAAGAGGACGGCAGCAUUUCAGCGGCUUUUCGCAGCGCGUAUUUGAGUUUGUUCGGUUUGAAUGGAAUUAUUGGUCGUUCGAUUGUUAUACAUGAAAAACCCAUCGACUUAAAUACAGCACUUAACGCUGAAGUUUUCUCCAGUUCACUGCAAGCAAUGACAGACGCUUUGGCCUAUCAGACCGAGGAGAACUCCGUUGGUCCAGCUAUUGCUUGCGGCAUAAUCAGCAUUACAAGUGCCGCAAUGGCAACGCCGCAACCAUUGAAUUAGGAAUACGCUCAUCAUCUGCCCAUACUUUAUAUAAUUAUGUACCUAUA